AUGGCCUCCAAGUUCCUCAGGGAGUACAAGUUGGUUGUGGUCGGCGGAGGAGGUGUCGGUAAAUCUUGCCUCACCAUCCAGUUGAUCCAGAGCCAUUUCGUCGACGAAUAUGAUCCCACGAUUGAGGAUUCAUACCGCAAGCAGUGUGUCAUUGAUGAUGAGGUCGCCCUACUAGAUGUGCUCGAUACCGCCGGCCAGGAGGAGUACUCGGCCAUGCGAGAGCAAUACAUGCGAACCGGUGAAGGCUUUCUGCUAGUGUACUCAAUCACAUCGCGGCAGAGCUUUGAGGAAAUCACGACCUUCCAGCAACAGAUUCUGAGAGUAAAGGACAAGGACUACUUCCCCAUGGUUGUUGUGGGCAACAAGUGCGAUCUGGAGAGCGAACGCGAGGUAACCAGACAAGAGGGUGAGGCUCUGGCAAGGUCAUUCGGCUGCAAGUUCAUCGAGACGUCCGCCAAGUCAAGGAUCAAUGUUGAUAAGGCGUUCUACGAUAUCGUGCGAGAGAUCCGACGAUACAACCGAGAGAUGCAAGGAUACUCAACCGGUAGUGGCGCAUCCAAUACCAAUGGUGCUGUCAAGCCGAUGGAGGUUGGCGAUGAUGACGCUGAGCCUGGAUGCUGCGGAAAGUGCGUUAUCAUGUAA